AUGGAUUUGCUGGGAGGUUAUUCAAGUGAAAGUGAAUGUGAGACUGAAACCGAGAUUGAAGAGGAUAAGAUAUCACAACAAUUUGAUACAAGUUUAAUAAACAGAAAAUUAUUAGAUAAAUAUCAUAUUAAACCAACUACAAGUCUCAAAAGGACCAGAUCUGGGCAUUUGAUGAAGACAAGAUUUUGGACAAGCUUUAUCUAUAUUGAUUGGAGAUUAACUUCAAAAGAUAGACAAAUUUUAUCCAAAUAUUUGAAUUAUUAUAAUAAUCAAUAUGGAAAAUAUGGAAUUGAAUUUAGACCGUUGUUUUAUAGUGAUUUGGGGACCCCUUUGAAUUUACAUGUUUCAUUAUCCCCGAACUUGAAAUUUAGUACUGAGUUUGAGAGAGAUAAGUUCUUUGACAAUUUAAAGAAGAAUUUGACACUAAAGAUGUCUAAAUCAUUUACUAUAUCGUUGGAAAGACAUCCUGUAUUAAUGAACACGCCAGGUUCUUUAGCUACAUUUCUGACGUUGCCUAUAGACUCAAAUACACUUCUUAAUUAUAUUAAACCAUUGUUCAAUGAAAUUGCAACUUUAUGGAAUUCUAGGGAUAAUAUUGCGGGAUCACCUCAACCAGAGCUUUUUUUGACUGAAUCAUUCAUUAACAAAGCACAUGUUUCGGUUGCUAAAACGUGGUCUAAAAUCCCACAGAACGCAAGGUCGUUGCUUCUACCACCUUUAGAUACUCCUUUAAUUAUUCCAGAAGAUCAUAGAGUUCAAUAUGAUAAAGAUAGAGAAUCCCUCACUCUGAAUAUUUCUUUUUCCUAA